AUGGCAGUCCUCAGCUCAUGCUACUCUUUCUUCACCAGCUCCACUACGCUCAACAUUACGUUGCGGACGAUGGUCCUGGCUGCUCUGACCUCCAUGCUCUUCAACGCCAUCGACCUGCGUCUGCCAGUUCCAGCCGCAGUGGAGGAGUUGACCGUCGUGGCGGUGCUCCUCUUUCUUGAACUUGGUCUCAGCAGCCGCCGCCAGGACAGCUCCACCAAGAAAAGCAAGCCGUGCCCCAGCGAACGGCGUGUCUACGAGGAGGUCAGCGGCCUUGCUGGGAGGCUCCAAGCCGCAGCAAAGGCCGGUGACACCGACACUGCUGAAGCCGUCAUGGAGAGGAUCCUUGCCGGUGACAGCAAGCCCAGCUUGGUUUGCUACGGGGCCCUGAUCUCGGCUUUUGCCAAGGCGGGGGAUGUGAAACGGGCCGAGUACUGGCUGGAAGCCCUGGAAGCCUCGAACGUGGGCAGCCCCAACGGGAUCUGCCUGAACAUGCUGAUCAGCGCUUGCGCCAAAGCAAACGCCGUAGAUCGUGCAGAGUACUGGCUUGUGAAGAUGCCAUCCUUGGGACUGAGCCCUGAUGUGAUGAGCUACAACGCCGUCAUCGACGCAUGUGCACGGACAGGGGAUGUGGUUCGGGCAGAGCGCUGGCUUGAGAAGAUGAAGGCCUCUGGCACGACCCCAAACGUUGUGAGCUACAGCUCCGUGCUUCAUGCUUGCGCGCGCAGCUGCGAUGCAAGCUUGGCCGAGCGCUGGCUCGAGCGCAUGUCGAAGGAGGGUGCCGAGCCGAAUGCCAUCUGCUACAAUGCCGUUAUCAACGCUUGGUGCAAGGAGGGCAACACUCGGCGUGCCGCCCACUGGCUUGAGCAGAUGUCCCAACGAGGUGUCCAGCCCACUGUCAACAGCUACAGCACGAUCAUCGACAAGUUGGCGAAGGCUGGCGACAUUGACGGUGCCGAGACUUGGCUCACCCGCAUGGCUGACGCUGGAGUAGAGGCGGAUGCCGUCAGCUACAACAUGCUUUUCAGUGCUUGCAGCAAGAUGGGCGAUUCGGCACGUGCCAGCAAGCUCUUUGACCAGAUGAUGCAACGCAAGGUCACCCCAAACACUAUCUGCUUCAACUUGAUCAUCAAUACACACAGCCGUCAGGGCGAUUUUGCUGCGGUGCUUCGGCGCCUUCGCCAGAUGCGAGAGCAAGGCAUUCAAGCGGAUCGAGUCAGCUUCAACACCAGCCUGAAGGCCUUCUCCAGGUGUGCAGACUCGAGGGCUGUGGAGCAACUCCUCGACGAGAUGCUCUCCGUCGGCAUCAAGCCGGAUGUUGCCACCUACAACACCUUCAUCGCCGUGUGCAUGCGCGCCAAGGAUGCCGCCAAGGCCGAGGAAUGGCUCUGUCGCAUGACGAGUGCCGGAGUGCAGGCCGACGCCAUGAGUUACUGCACCAUGAUCGAUGCUUUUGCGCAAAGCGGGGACUUGCACCGGGCAGAGAAAUGGCUCGAGAAGAUGGAGCGAUCUGGACUUCAGGUUGGCGCCACGACUUAUGGCCUGCUCAUCAGUACCGUGGCGAAGAUGGGCGAUGUCGGCCGCGUCGAGCGGAUCUUCGAGCGCAUGGACCGCGCCAAAGUCGAGGUCAAUGGUUCCACCUACAACGCGCUGAUCUCUGCCUGCGCCCGGAAGGGGGAUGUGGACCGCGCAGAGUUCUGGCUGAAGAAGCUCCUGAAGUCCAGCGCGCAGGCGGACGUCGCAAGCUACUCCUCGGUGAUCCACGCCUGUGCCAAGGCCAACAGCUUGCGCCGGGCCGAGGCCUGGAUUGAACAGAUGGAGCAUGAUGGCAUCCAGGCCAACGUGGUGACCUACAACAGCGUGAUCAAUGCCUGCGCCCGCUGCGGCGACGCCAAGCGCGCGGAGCACUGGUUCCAGAAGAUGGUGGCUCAGGGAGUCCAGCCGGGUGUCCUGACCUUCAAUUCCCUCGUGAACGCCUGCGCCAAGGCUUUGGACGUGGAUCGCGCUGAGAAGUGGCUUCAGGAGAUGCCCAAGCACGGCGUCCAGGCAGAUGAUGUGUCCUACAGCACCGUGAUCCAUGCAUGUGGCACUGCCCAGGAGCCCGAGAGGGCCGAACAAUGGAUGAAGCUGAUGGUCUCUUCGCUCUGCAGUCAGGGCGAGAAGCCGGGUGCAUUUUGCUACAACUCCAUUGCGCAGGCCUGGGUGCGAGCCGGUGACGUGGACAGGGCCAUGCACUGGCUGUCCGAAGCAGAACGCCUUAGGGUGGAAGUGUCCUCCGCGAGCUUGAAUGGUGUGGUAAGUGCACUGACCCGAGCGCGCCGGCACAGCGAAGCAGAGAUCUGGUCUUCCAAGGUGCGCAAGGAUCGGGGCGAUCGGGGCGAUCGAGGUGAUCGCCGCUACCCCCCGCGUCGCCAGGCUCCGGGCCGCUGA